AUGCCGCCCAUACCGUCGCAGCCUCUCCCGCGAGUCAUUACCUACUACCAGACGCAUCACACUCCCGACGGCAAUCCCAUAUCGAUCCUCCCGCUCUUGACCCAGCCCGGAAUCAGCGUCACACAUGUUAUCCUUGCGGCGAUACACAUCAACGAUGACCCCCACGGCAUCACAUUGAACGACCACACCCCCGACAACCCGCGGUUCCUCACGUUAUGGGCCGAGCUGCGGGUGUUGCAGGCCAGCGGCCUCAAAGUGCUAGGCAUGCUCGGCGGCGCCGCGCAGGGAUCAUAUGAAAGACUGGACGGCAGCGAAGCCAAGUUUGAGGAAUACUAUAUCCCGUUGCGCGACAUGCUUCGGACCCGCGGCCUGGAUGGCAUUGACUUGGACGUCGAGGAGGUGAUGAGCUUGGGCGGCGUCAUACGGCUCAUCGAUCGCAUCAGGCAGGACUUUGGCAAGGACUUCAUCAUCUCCAUGGCGCCCGUAGCCGCGGCAUUGCUCGACUCAACCAAAAACCUCAGUGGCUUUGACUACGAGGCGCUAGAGGUGAUGCGCGGGAAAGACAUCGCCUGGUACAAUGCCCAAUUCUACUGCGGAUGGGGCGACUGCAGCAACCCCGUCAUGUACGAGAUGAUACUGGCAAAGGGCUGGCCAGCUGAAAAGGUUGUCAUGGGCCUGGUCACGAAUCCUGAAAAUGGCGGCGGAUGGGUGCCGUGGGAGAUGCUCGGUGCAGUGCUCCUUACGCUCCGAGGCCGUUACGCGCGGUUCGGAGGAGUCAUGGGUUGGGAGUACUUCAACAGCUUGCCUUCUGGUCGAGACAGACCCUGGGAAUGGGCAAAAUGGAUGACAACGAUGCUGCGCGCCGACCAUACGCAUCACUCAGUAGGGCCAGUUCAAGGGACUGCUCCAGUGGAUGCGAAUAAUCCUGUCGCCCAAGAAGUCAAGGAGCAUUUGGUGGACGAGGUCGAUCCCGACAGUCCAAAUAGCAAGGACGCACCACUCCCCGUGUCUUUUGACUAUUACUCUGAUACCAACUGGGAUGACGAUUGA